CCCAUCAUCAGAUGCGCUGAGUGAGCCGAGCUGAGAGAUGCGCGUCCGCUGAGUGGGAGACCGCCGCCGCCGCUCCAAACCCUCCACCACAUCACGCACCGGUCCAGGACACGCUCAUACCCAACACACGAUGUUCUCUGGAUGAAGUUUGCUUUUGGAUAUUAACUCUCAAUCCGGUUUAACCGAGGACGGCUCGUGCAAGUGAAGCUCUGUCAAGGCAGCUGGAGCUGGACUUCAAACCAUGGGGCACGGAUCAGGUGUCCUGAUGAAGGCCGAGCGCUUCAAUCCGGGAAGUCGCCUCAAGGAGAACAGACAAGAUGCAGUUCUCAGUCACUGACAGAAUCCUCCAAGGAUCUCCUUCAUCUUCGCACUGCCGCCUGUCUGCUUAAAUCAGAAGGAUAUUUUUACAUAUACAUCCAGAUUAGACUGAAACCAGGGCUGACAGCCUUUGGUUCCUGACUGUUAUUUGUACCUGGACACAAUCGAAAAAAGCCAUAACCAAAUGUUUUGAAGGUCCCUAAGCUGCUUGAACGCGUUAUCAACGAUGAAUCUACCGAGCCAAGGCCUUCUGCUGCUAAGUACAUUUCUUUGCCUCACCACGGGCUUGGAGUUCACGGGCUCCGAGGGUCAGUGGGCUCGGUACCUGCGCUGGGACGCCAGCUCCAGAAGCGACCUGACCUUUCAGUUCAAAACCUCACAAUCCGAAGGCCUGCUGCUUUACUUCGACGACGGCGGAGUUUGCGAUUUCCUUCUCCUCACGUUGCACGAGGGCAAGCUCCAGCUCCGCGUCAGCAUCGACUGCGCCGAGACCACCGUCGCGUCUGCCAAGAGGGUCAAUGAUAGCCGCUGGCACUUUGCCGCCAUCAACAGGCAUAACUUGCGGACUGGUUUGGCAGUGGACGGUCAGACCACGACAGGUGAGGUUCGGCCCCAGCGGCAGUUCAUGAAGAUUAUUUCCGACCUCUUCCUCGGUGGGCUACCGGGAGACAUACGCACGUCGGCCAUCACUCUGCCCUCGGUUCGUAAACUAGCGCCUUUCAGAGGAGUCAUCGCGGAUCUCAGCUAUGGGAGUAAGCUGCCCACACUCAUCAACAGUCAGAAGGUGCGCUUGGAGAUGAUAGGCCUCUGCACAGACAGCCCCUGUGAGAACGGUGGAAUCUGCUCGCUGGCUGACGGGGAAACCUACUGUGACUGCUCCAAAACUGGAUUUGUAGGUCGAUACUGCACGGAAGCAGUCCAGAGAAAACCAGGCCUCGCUCACCUGAAGGCAGAACAAGUGAGAGAGGAGAACGUGGCCACUUUCCGCGGGUCGGAGUACUUUUGCUACGACUUGUCUCAGAACCCCAUCCAGAGCAGCAGCGACGAGAUCACACUGUCCUUCAAAACCUGGCAGCGGAACGGCCUCCUCCUGCACACGGGAAAAUCUGCAGACUACGUAAACCUGGCGCUGAAAGAUGGGGCCGUUUCACUCGUCAUCAAUCUGGGCUCGGGGGCCUUCGAGGCCAUCGUUGAGCCAGUCAAUGGAAAAUUCAAUGACAACGCCUGGCACGACAUAAAAGUCACACGCAACCUCCGACAGCAAUCAGGCAUUGGACACGCUAUGGUAAACAAACUACAUUGUCUGGUGACUAUUUCUGUGGACGGGAUCCUCACCACGACAGGCUACACCCAGGAGGACUACACCAUGCUGGGGUCCGAUGAUUUCUUCUAUGUGGGUGGGAGUCCUAGCACUGCAGACCUCCCUGGAUCCCCAGUGAGCAACAACUUCAUGGGCUGCCUAAAAGAGGUGGUCUACAAAAAUAACGAUAUCCGGCUGGAGCUCUCUCGUCUGGCCCGCAUUGUGGACCCAAAAAUGAAAAUCCAGGGUGACGUGGUCUUCAAGUGUGAGAACGUUCCCACCCUCGACCCCAUCAACUUCGAAGCGGCCGACUCAUACAUCGGCCUGCCAAAGUGGAACACCAAACGUGUCGGAUCGAUAUCCUUCGACUUCCGUACCUCGGAACCCAACGGGCUGAUCCUCUUCACCCACGGCAAACCGCAGGACCGGCGUGAGGUGAAGUCGCAGAAGAACAACAAGGUGGACUUCUUUGCCGUCGAGCUGUUGGACGGGGGACUGUACCUGCUCUUGGACAUGGGCUCGGGGACCAUUAAGGUGAAGGCAACUCAGGCUAAAGUCAACGAUGGAAACUGGCACCAUGUGGAUAUCCAGAGAGACGGUCGUUCAGGCAUCAUCUCAGUCAACAGUCGCAGGACCCCCUUUACAGCCAGUGGAGAGAAUGAGAUCCUGGACCUGGAGGGUGACCUUUAUUUGGGCGGCCUUCCUGAUAACAGGGUGGGUCUGGUUCUGCCCACCGAGCUCUGGACCGCCAUGCUGAAUUAUGGCUACGUGGGCUGCAUCCGGGAUCUGUUCAUCGACGGACGCAGCAAGGACAUCCGACAGAUAGCGAUGUCGCAAAAUGUGACGGGGAUCAAGUUCUCCUGCACUAAAGUGACGGGGAAGCAGUGUGACAGCAGCCCCUGCAAGAACAAUGGAAUUUGUAAAGAGGGCUGGAACCGUUUCAUCUGCGACUGCACCGGGACUGGAUUCUGGGAUAGUACCUGUGAUCGAGAGGCUUCAGUCCUGUCCUUCGACGGCAGCAUGUACAUGAAGGUCGUGAUACCCAACGUUGUGCACACGGAGGCAGAAGACGUCUCGCUACGCUUCAUGUCCCAGAGGGCGUUUGGUCUGCUCAUGGCGGCAACAUCUCGCGAGUCAGCAGAUACGCUCAGGCUGGAGCUGGACAGCGGCAGGGUCAAAUUGACGGUCAACCUAGACUGUGUCAGGAUAAACUGUAACACCAGCAAAGGCCCUGAAGUUCUUUACGCUGGACAGAAGCUCAACGACAACGAGUGGCACACGGUGCGAUUUGUGCGUCGGGGUAAACACCUCAGACUCAUGGUGGACGACGACGUGUCGGAAGGUCAAAUGGCUGGCGAUCACACGCGCCUGGAGUUCAACAACGUGGAAACCGGCAUCCUGACGGAGAGGCGCUUCGUCUCCUCGGCACCAUCGUCCUUCAUCGGCCACCUACAGAGCCUCAAGUUCAACGGCAUGCAGUACAUCGACAUGUGCAAGAACGGCGACAUCGACUUCUGCGAACUCAACGCCCGCUUCGGUCAACGCUUCAUCAUCGCCGACCCCGUGACCUUUAAGACCAAAGGGAGCUACCUGGGACUGGCCACCCUGCAGGCCUACACCACCAUGCACCUCUUCUUUCAGUUCAAAACCACGUCACCUGACGGAUUCAUCAUCUUCAACAGUGGGGACGGGAACGAUUUCAUCGCUGUGGAGCUGGUGAAAGGGUUUAUCCACUAUGUCUUUGACCUCGGCAAUGGACCGAGUUUGCUGAAAGGGAACAGCGACAACCAGCUGAAUGAUAAUCAGUGGCACAACGUGGUCAUCACCCGAGACGCCGCCAACACUCACACGCUGAAGGUGGACUCCAAGUCGGUCACCCAGAACGUGAACGGAGCCAAAAACCUUGACCUGAAAGGUGACCUGUUUAUCGGGGGUCUCGGUCCAAACAUGUAUCAGAACCUUCCCAAGCUGGUGGUGUCUCGGGAAGGAUUUCAGGGAUGUUUGGCCUCAGUUGACCUCAACGGACGUCUGCCUGACCUCAUCACUGACGCCCUCUUCCGGAGUGGACAGAUCGAGCGCGGCUGCGAAGUUGGUUUCACCAAAGCUGACCUGCAAGGGCCGAGUACCACCUGCCAGGAUGACUCCUGCGCCAACAUGGGCGUUUGCAUCCAGCAGUGGGAGAAUUUCACCUGCGACUGCGCCAUGACGUCUUACACCGGGACUCACUGCAACGACCCUGGCACCACGUACAUCUUCGGAAAAGGAGGCGGUCUGAUCACGUACACGUGGCCCAAUAACGAGAGGCCAAGUACAAGAACAGAUCGACUGGCGGUGGGCUUCAGUACGACCAUCAAAGAUGGCAUCCUGGUUCGCAUCGACAGUGCGCCGCGUCUGGGCGACUACAUCAUGCUACACAUCGAGCAAGGUAAAGUGGGCGUCACCUUCAACAUCGGCACGGUGGACAUCAGCGUGAAGGAGCUGACGUCGGCGGUGAACGACGGCAAAUACCAUCUGGUGCGAUUCACGAGGAACGGAGGCAACGCAACGUUGCAGGUGGACAACUGGCCGGUCAAUGAGCACUUCCCAUCAGGCAACAGCGACAUUGAGCGCUAUCAAAUGGCAAAUAAGAAAAUCCCAUUCAAAUAUACCCGGCCAGUAGAAGAUUGGCUUCAGGAGAAAGGCCGGCAGCUCACCAUCUUCAACACCCAGGCCACCAUCUCCAUUGGUGGCAACGACAGAAAGCGGCCCUACCAGGGUCAGCUCUCUGGACUCUACUACAAUGGCCUCAAGGUCCUCAACAUGGCGGCGGAAGGCCACGCCAACAUUAAGGUGAACGGCAGCGUGCGGCUGGUGGGGGACGUGCCGGCCAGCAGGGGCGCGGCACGCACCACGACGUCGGUGCCGCCGGAGAUGUCCACCACUUUCAUAGAGACGACCACGACUUUGUCGACCACGACUACUCGCAAGCAACGCUCACCACCGACGAUUCAGACGACGGACGACAUCGUCUCGUCCGCCGAGUGCUCCAGCGACGACGAGGACUUGGAAGAGUGCGACUCCGGACACGCAGGAGGGGAGCUAGUCAUCCCAGUAUUAGUGGAAGAUCCCAUAGACAUCCCUUCUGUUUCCACCCGUUCUCCAUUCAUGCCCCUGCCCCCAACCCUGCGCCCCGUCCUCACCAUUAUCGAGACCACCAGAGAGUCCUUGGCCAUGGCCACUGAGGCGGGGGUACCUUGCUUGUCGGACCGAGGCGGCGAUGAUUGUGAUGGUGGUGGUGGUGGUGAUGAUGAUGAUGAUGGUGGUGAUGAUGAUGGCAUGGUGAUUUCGGGGUUUGGCUCUGGCGAAGCUUUCGACUCUAGCCUGCCCCCAACUGACGAUGAAGAUUUUUACACCACCUUCUCCCUGGUAACAGAUAAAAUCUUGACCACAUCAACCUAUGAAGGCGGCUACAAAGCCCUCGCACCCAAGUGGGAGGCCAAGGACUUGAGGCCUAGCAAAGCCUCGGAGGCAGGUAGGACUUCCCCCACCUUGCCUGUGCCCGACCUCCGUGGCACGCCGGCGGCGGCGGUCCCCUCAGACACGCCGCCGAAGCUGCCUGCUGGGAAAAUGAACAACCGCGAGGUCAAACCUUUGCAGCCAGACAUAGUCCUGCUGCCUUUGCCCACUUCCUUCGAUCUGGAUGGCACUAAGCCACGAGGCCCUUUCAUCACCUCGCCCAUGCUGCGCACGGUGCCCGUCGCCCUGCCCACCGUCCCCGGCGUGGUGCAGCGCGGGCCCCCGCCGGGCGCCUCGGAGGUGAUCCGAGAGUCCAGCAGCACCACCGGUAUGGUGGUGGGGAUCGUCUCGGCGGCGGCACUUUGCAUCCUCAUCCUCCUCUAUGCCAUGUACAAGUACAGAAACAGGGACGAGGGCUCCUACCAAGUGGACGAGACUCGCAACUACAUUAGCAACUCGGCGCAAACCAACGGCGCCGUUGUGAAAGAUAAAAUGUCCAGCAGCAGCGGCGCCGCCAAAGGCAACACAAGUAGCAAGAGACCGAAAGACAAGGACAAGGAAUAUUAUGUAUAGAAGUGAAAUCAUUCCCAGCUCAUGAAUAAAGUGAACUCGGAACAUUCUGACAGUACCAUAUUGGCAACUGUGAUUUAAAAAAAAAACAAAACAAAAAAACGAAGGAAUCACUGGCGAACUCAAGACUUUGAGUCAGUUGAACACUUGCAGAAGAAAAAAUAAAAAAACUGUCUUUAGGAAACACGCUUACCAUUGUAAGCGUUACGAAGAGACAAUGCAGUAGAUCUUCACCAGGGCUCGACGUGGACCUUUUUGCCGAGCUCCUGCUGGAGACAGUGUGACAAACAUCACGUCCAAACAUCCACCCCACGUGACCGUCUGAGGUGUGUGACACUCGGAGUUACUGAUGACCUUGUCCGUCGUGAACCUGUAAGAUACGAUCACUCGUCAUUCGGGCCAUUCUCAGCAUGCAUGUGAGGUGUAUGUGACGUGGUGCUGGCAUCUGUGUAUGUGAGGGACCUCCACAAAACAACCGCUCUCGGGAGGGUUGGACGUCAUGGUAUCGCACCGUCAGCGUUUUCAUUUAGUGUAGCUUUCAUGGACGCAGGUAACGUAUGUGGGGAUCGGUUUGUUGAUUUAUUUUCUUCAGUUCCUAAGUAUUCCAUGCUGAAGGAUAACAACCCUUUAUAAACACAAGUGUGAAAACCAAAUGUAUUUGACUGAGGAUUAAAGUCUCUUUUUUUUGUUGUCUGUGUAUCGUUGGUUCACUCAAUAUUUAGUUGAAGAUUCAAACGUUUUUUUUUUGUUUUGUUUUUUUAAGAAGCUGGUACCAUACGAGACACUUUCCUGCAGACAAACCUCUGUCCGCCUGGUGCCUUCUCGCCCUCCAUGUGUCCCAAACCUCGCUCUGAACAUACAAUCAUUUUGCAGAGCGAUUCAACAUUUAUCAAGUCCAUUGCUGCCGGAGGUUUUAAGCGCCGUCUUCAAGGUCAGCUAAAUUAAAAAGCACAGCCAAAGUCGUAGGUGAAACAGGAUUAGCAUAUUUUAAAACUUACGAAUGAAUUUGAUUUUUUUUUUAAAUUGGGUCUGUUUUUUUUUUACUGUUGCAGUUCAUUAUGAGCCUCUAUUCAAACACCACUGUCCCGGGCUAACUCAUUCCCGGGUCACCUGUUAAGGCAGGUUUGUCCAGUUCCCUCGUCUCAAUGGACAACCACAGCUAAAAGUUAAAUAUAUAACUUUUUAAAAUAUAGAAACUAUACAACCAUCAGCUUUAAACUUCACUCAUUGUCCUGAAUAUAUUUAUUUAUUCUUUGCGACGUCCCACGACAAGUUACCGUAGUGACAACUCCUCCGGACUAUAACCCCAAAAUAUGUCAACGAAUUUCUCAAAAAUCGAUAUUUGUCUGUUGUCUUUUAUGGUACCAGCAUCUUAAAACAAACAGCGUUUUGUAUCUUCAAUUAAAUGCUGACUGAAUAAAUCAUGUUCUCAGAUUUCAACCUUUGGAAUUAUUGAUGACACACAGUUUGGCGAUUCCGAACGGCGAAUCCGCAUCAUUCGCUCGGCUGGUACAUUUUGUAUGUGCAUUAUUUUUUAAGGCCUGUUAUCCAAUCUUGACUUCUGUAGCUGUUAAGACAGAAUGAGAGCGUUUUUAUUCCGUAGCCGCCGAAAGCCUGGAGAUAAAAACGCAGAUGAGCAUUUGUUUAGCGGCGAUCAAAUGUUGUUAGAUUGUACGUCUCGUCUCUCUGGGUGGUGUCUUUUCUAAAGUCGCAUGAAUAUUUGACCAACAGAAGCUGUUAGUUACACAGAAAACGUUCCGAUUUUGUAUUUGGGGGGAAAAAAAUGCCGUUGUUUUUCUUGAAUCUGAGGUGUAAAGCGAUGAGGAUACGGGGGAGAUCUUGCCAGCACGCGACUUACAGGCGUUGUUUCUUUCUUUUUCUUUUCUUUUCAAUGUGACACCGACGUUUUCAUCUGCUCAACUCGUCUUUUCUGUUCUUGUUUUUACGACAUUCUCUUCACAGCAACGUUUUUUUUUAUUACUUUUCACGCAAAUCGGUCAGUGUGUACAUUCAUUUUUUUUUUUUUUUUCUUGUGUUUUUUUUUUUUUUUUUUGACCUGUUUAUUAUUGUCUAAUGCUCCUUUGACUCCAAUCAAUUCCCAGAAAUAAAAAAAAAUGUUGUUCCCAGACUUGGUUUUUUCAUUCAUCAGCGGAACUUUUCACCGGCUUCACAUCACGCGAAUGAUUUCUAUUUAUACCGGAAAGUGGUUUUAUUUCCAUUU